UUCCUGCCCGGGGCUCUGGGACCCCCGAUAAGCCGGGGACCCCAGAAUUCAAGCCCCCGGGGCAAGCCCGGGCUUGUCGCCGGCGCCACUUCCUGGUGGGAGGGGCGGGUCUCCCCGGCUUCCCCUCGGGCCGGGAUGCUUUCAGGGUUCCCCGAGUCUCCCUUCCCGGAAGAGUGUGGGAUGCGGGCCCAGUCUCCCCGCCUUUCUCCACCAGGGACCCCGUUGUCCGGGCCACCAAUCACUUCACCUUCCAGGGCCCCAGGGCGCCCCCAGCACUGACCUCCAUCAGGGGCCAUGGGGCCCCCAGGACCCAUGAGUCCAGGCACCUCUUCCCUCCUCUCUCCUCCAGGGCCCACCAGCUCUGAGCAGAUCAUGAAGACAGGGGCCCUUUUACUAAAGGGCUUCAUCCAGGAUCAAGCAGAGCACAUGGGGGGAGAGGCGUCCCAGCUGCCCCUGGGGCCCAGGGUGCCCCAGGACGCAUCCACCAAGAAGCUCAGCGAGUGCCUCAAGCGCAUUGGCGACGAGCUGGACAGUAACAUGGAGCUGCAGAGGAUGAUCGCGGCCGUGGACACAGACUCCCCCCGCGAGGUCUUCUUCCGAGUGGCGUCUGAAAUGUUCUCCGACGGCAACUUCAACUGGGGCCGGGUUGUCGCUCUCUUCUACUUUGCCAGCAAACUGGUGCUCAAGGCCCUGUGCACCAAAGUGCCUGAGCUGAUCAGGACCAUCAUGGGCUGGACACUGGACUUCCUUCGAGAGCGGCUGCUGGGCUGGAUCCAGGACCAGGGCGGCUGGGACGGCCUCCUCUCCUACUUCGGGACCCCCACGUGGCAGACCGUGACCAUCUUCGUGGCCGGGGUGCUCACCGCCUCCCUCACCAUCUGGAAGACGAUGGGCUGAGGCCACCGGCUGCCUUGGACUGUGUCUUUUCUGCAUAAAUUAUGGCAUUUUUCUGGGAGGGGUGGGGACUGGGGGUCAGGGGCCU